AUGGGUAUUUGCGCCUCCUGCCUCGGCCGCCGGCGCCGCGAUUCCUAUGAUGAAGACGAUGCAUCCCGACUACUUUUCGAUGACCCGAAUAAUCUCCAGUAUGGAAGCUUUGGCGAGCACAAUUUAAACGCUCAAGCUGACCCGCUUGAGUCGCAACGAGAAGUGGAAGCUCUGCAAAGGGUAGUAGCGCGGACGUCCAAUAAUCUUGUCGACGUCUUUGAAAUCACCCCACAGGAGUCACAGAGGACUCAACCUACUUUAUUCUCAGGGCAAGACGCCCGAUUAGCCCGGUAUCAAAACAUAUUAUCCAAGCUUUCGCGAGAAGGCGAAACUCCCCCAACAGAUAGUGCUUUCGGCGCCGUAGACUGGUUAUUAGGCGAUGACGAUACUAUCGAAAUACAAGGCAAACCCCCUAGUAUCAAGGAUGAAGUAGGGGGCUUACUUGUGGGUACCUUUGGAGAUAUAAAUGCGACGCGGCUAUGA